CGGACGAGGAACCUCCUGCUCGUCCAUCGUUUCUGUCCUUCCCUUCUCGUCUUAAAUCGCACCUGCAGACAGCAAUCGCUCAUCCUUUUUGAAGGCCUUGGACUCCUGGUGGCGAAGGACUCUGCCUGUCUACCGCCGCGCACAGAGAGAUCCGCCAUCGCUUCUACCGAGGCAGUAAGGAUGCAGUCGUCACUGGCAUGGCUGCUGGCUAUCGCAGCGCUCGUCGGCAGCGCAUCUGCCUUCCCCACGUAAGUGUGGGAGAUCAUUCAGAGGCCUGCGGGGCUCGGGAGGGGCGCACUGAGUUGCACGUGUGGCGUGCCGCUGCCCACAAGCCCACAAUGGCUGCGUGUCUCGUGCGGCGUGCAGGUCUUCGUGCCCUGAGGGUUUCGUCUGGUUCGGGGGGAGGUGUUUUGCCAAGUUCACCUCUCCGCUGGGCUGGGAGCAGGCCGAACAGCAGUGCCAGGAGAAAGGAGGCCACCUCGCCACCAUCGGCAGCAUUCUCGACAACGAGGUUCUCAAGGUGAGCUGAACAGUGAGGCGGGCACCAUGUGGUGGACGGAUGGGUGUUACGUGCUCUCUUGGCCUGUGCAGCUUCUCUGCUUCAACGGCACAACGUCCAACGAUGACCGCGCCUGCUGGUACGAUCCUGCACGGUUGCCACACACGCACCCAGACACACAGCUGUGGGUGAGUGGUGUGAAUUACGCGUGUGUGGUGUGGUCGGUCGGUCAGGAUCGGUCUCAACGACCGUGCCAAGGAGGGGAGCUUCCAGUGGACCAACACCAACAUGACGGCCGCCGAGAACAUGUGGGCCUUCGACUGGGCCGUAAGCAUGGAACACAUACAAGCACGAUGAACGAACAUGAACACGAUGGACAUCCUACCUUUGUCUGUGUGUCUUCAGGUCCACCGCGACAACAACUACGAGCCCAACAACCUGCCCAAACGCAGCGACGGCGAGUGUGCCGACGACAACAGCGCCCCCGAGUGCGGCGCCAACUGCGUGUGGCUGUACGGUGCCGACGGCACCCUCAGGGACUGGCCAUGCACCGAUGAACUCCCCUACCUGUGCGAAACCGAUGCUGAGGAAACAUUCUGUAAGCCAAGAAAGAUGUGUGGGGGGUGGGUAGAGAGAUAGGACAGACAUGCUUUCAUGUGCACCUGCCUGUGUGUCCGUUGUUUCGUUCAGCGAGUUACCGCUGGCGGUUCAAGGCCGAAGACCGGGACCCCAUCACUAUCGCAGAGAUACAGUACGGGUGGCGCACACACAAGACUACCUCUCAGCCAUCCUGGCACGUUCUCUUCGUCUCGUCUGUCAGGUUGUUCCACGAUGCCGAGUGCAAUGACCGCGUCAACGUCAGUUCUGCUCAGAUCUUUACCAGCAUGUCCAUCCAGAGCAUCCUGAGCGGCCGCAGGAGCAGAAACCGCGACAGGAGCCGCGGCAACGACACUGACGACGAGAGCGCCCCCACCACCGCCCCGUCGGCAGACGAGGACAACGAGGUGGUCGAGACCGAGAAGCUCGAGGAGGAGAUGAGGAUGUUUGACGACGACGAGGACACCACCCUCAAGCUCACGUGCGACCCGGGCUCCGAGCCUGAGCAGGAUGACGUGGGCGAUGAAGGCCUCACCGACAAUCGCACCGCCAGGCCCGCCAUCCGGAGCUGCAGACCAGAAGUGCAGCUCUUCUUCCCUAAGGUGAGUGACAGAGAGGGAGGGGCACACAGACAGACUGACAACAGGCGAGAUCAUGCCUUUGUGUGGGACAUCCAUCCAUCGUGUGUGUGAAUGCAGACGACUGAGAUUCAGUGUGCGCGUAUGCUGACCAAGGACGACGGUGAUAGUCCCCGCGACAUUCGCUUCGAGCGUCUGGAGCUGCCCCGCCAUUUCUACGGCAUGAAGGUCGCCACCACACCCGGCGAGUGGAGCGUCUUCUACUUCCCCGAGACCGACCGCUUCAAGGACCUCUACGAGGAGGCACACCGGCCCUUCGACCUCGACAUCGCCGUCAACAGCAUCACCGCCGGCGCCUUCAUGAACUCGUCGAGGGUGCGUCUGGUGCGCCGCCCCGUGACCCUCAUGGAGCGCAGCUGCCUGGACUACGAUGCCGACAGCGAGGUGGAGGGGCUGGGGCUCGAGGUGGCGCCCGAACAGGCCGUGACCACCGAGAUGGACGCUAAUGGAGACACCCAGGCGGUCUAUCAGGUGGGUCUGUGCACAGGCAUGGGAUGGUGGAUGGUGUAUACGUGCGGGAGGCAUGGCAUGGUUGUGGUUUUGUUGCUUCAGACCUGGAAGAACGUCGUGAUAGACACGCCGGGCAUGUACGAGAUCUGCCACUGCUUCAGCGACUGCGAGCUGGCCAAGCAGUGGAGAGACGUCGGUGAAAUCUCCGUCGCGGGUGACCGGCAGCACCACACCAGAUGACAUGCUGCACGCCAUACACACAAUCUCACUCAUUGGAUUCCCGUCGGUUCUACAGGUCUCCACCGUGACGGUCUGGCCACCGUGCAGUCCGGCCGUGUGUUCUCCCUGCUGCUGCCCGGCUGGGCCCUCCCCAAGAAGACCACCGAUGAGCACGAAAUCGCCUCGCGCCUCAAGAUCAUCAGUGACGCCGAGAACGCCUCAGAUGCCGCCCCGGACACCUGCGGCAGGGCCGCGGCGUCGGCAGACGUCAAGAGCGGCAUCGACUGCGAUGGCGCCACCGAGUGCCACACCGCGCCCACCACGGCGCUCAUCUACGGGCAAGAGUGGGCCGACCUGAAGAUUGUCUCCAAGACGGCCAAGAACUACACUGUCUGCCACUGCCUGAAGGACUGCGGCAACCCCGAUCGGUGGCAGGAUGUGGGCACGGUGGCGGUGGGUGUGCCAGACCACACGUGCAACUGGCCGGUGGCGUGCAGCGACUACUACCCUGAGUGUGUGCGGUAUCCCCUCGACCCGCCCAGAGACAUCGGCUGCGAGCCCGAGGGUGACGCAUUCACUGACGCCGAGAAUGAAGCCUACGACAGCGACACCGGUGAUGCAGAGACCCCUCGUGCGUCUCAGAACCCGCCCACCCCCUCGCCCAUCCAGCCAGUGGUGGUUAACAGGCGACGCGACAACAGCUCAAGAAGCGAUCAGGAGGACCAGAUGGACGAGUCCCUCGCUGACUCCGUCCGGGGCGUGUCGCUCAGAGGUGAGAGCAGAGCAACAAACAGAAGACACAGGCCAAACGCCGUGCAACACGUGUGUGUAUGUCCUGAUUGAUCCCUCAGACCAACGGGAGCGGAUGCCGGCCAGCACGGCAUGUGAGGGCGACUGGUGCCCGGGCGCCGAGAGCGCAACGGCCGCCGUUAGUGAGAGCGGCGUCUCGUCUGGCUACACCCAGCCAGCAGAGCGCGCCGACAACAAGGGCGGCAGCUGGCUCAUCAUCACUGGUAGGGCCACAGAGGGAGACGUGUCGUCUCGUGAUGCACCGCCCAUCGCUCCGUUGGUGUUGAUGUGUCUUGCUCAGGUAUUGUUGCCGCCACGUUCGUUGUGUUGGGCUUUGCCCUCACUGGCCUCUGGUGCUGCUGCUUCAAGAGAGGGUAAACCGUCAUCACGCACCAACACGCCCACCAACACACACGCUCUCAGAUCAUGUGACCCCUGACUGUUUUCUCUCCCCACCUGCAGCCGCCGGGGGCUGUCGUAUUGCUUCGUGCCCACCCCCAUGGCGCGUCGCGAGUUCGAGGACGACCAUACCCACACCGUCACCGACACCAUGAGCGAGGUCUCCACCGAGUUCGCCAGCACCACAGCAGCCGGCACACCAGCCGCUGACAAGGCCAGUGCGGCAGCAGCGGCUGCGGGGGGCGGCACCAAGAAGCUCUCCAUCGAUCUGUAUGACCGCGACAUCGAGCAGGGCGGCGGCAACGGGCCCGCACGAACACUCUAUGGCACUCCUAGCUCGGCGGCAAGACAGCAGCAGGCCCAGCAGGCCCAGCAGAAGCAACAGGACGGAUCUCUCUUGGACUUUUGAGAAAGAGUGGUGGACGGGACGGGUGGGUGAUGGGGGUGGAUUUAGUGCCGAUUGACCGUCGACUGGAUUGGUCGGCUCAUGUGGAUGAGUGUGAGCGUGUGUGGAACGGACGGCGUGCUCGCGUGAGGCGAUCUGAGUGGUGCCAUUUUUUGUGCAUUCCUGGUGGGGGGAGGGUGAGGGCGAGAGAGCGAGGGCAUGCGAAACAGAGCGAGCUUUUUUCCCAAUAUCCAUUCAUCCCAUGCCAUCAUCCCAUCCCCGUUCCACACACCCCGGUCUGUCUGCCUGUCGGUCGGUCGAGCAGUCGCCUUGAACCAUCAAAGGUGACGUCCACUCGCCAGCCAGCCAGUCAUUCGUUCAUUCGUACUUUUCCUCGUCUGCGGUUGCGUUACUUUGCUUUGCUCGUUUGCGCGGGCGGGGCGAGGGGUCCUGUAGGUUACUAUACAAUUAAGUGGACGGACAUACCAUAUGGGGAUGGAUGGGUAUAUGGGCACGGUAUGGAGCGUUAUUCACCUCACCUCACCUCACCCGACCUCAUCCGACCUCGCCCAGCACGUCGUGUCUUUUUCCGUCUUUCAUUGAUGCGUGUGUGGGGGCUGGGCCGUCUUGGAGUGCGCCUUUUAUGGAUGGAGGGACUGAUGCGCUGCGUGUGCCUUUAUCUAGACAUACACACAUCUCUAUACCUAUCUAUACCCGCUUUGUGGCGUGUGUGGGCGUGCUGGUGCAGUGUCUCACGCAGUGAGACGAACAAGACGAUAUGGGAGGGUCCGCUUGUCGACAGACAGCAAAUGGGCGGCUUUGUCAAGUCGGUCCAUGUCCAACCGAGGCCGUAAGUGGAUGGAUGUGGUGGGGGUGCCUGUGUGCGGAAUGUACGCGUGUCUCGUCACCUGUGUGUAUGCGAUGGAUGGAUUCAUCGAGUGGAUGGAAAGCCCUCAUGUAAGCUGUCUGGUGUUGUGUUUGUGUGGAGGAAGGACAGCCCUGAGGCACUAAGACAGACAGACAGACAGAUAGACCAGCACACCGCACUCCCUCUCUCCUGUUCCCUCUUGCCUCUUAUCUAUCACGUCCAUCGACCUGAAUGUGACUUUCCACUCACUCGGCCUGGAUGCUUUUCUCGAUUUGUGUAUCUCUGCUGGCUGAUGUGUAAUCGAGCACGCUAGUCGUGCACCUCGACACCGACCUGCCCGUCCGCUGCAAUCACGGGCUGGCAGCGCAGUGUCGAGGUGGGGACAGAGAGCCUGCUCGAGGGCACAUCAGCCGCGCAGAGACCCUUAUUCUUUCUAUCUGAAGGGCUCUCCGCCUUCUGUUGCGUGCUGCGGAGAGCGUGACUAUGUGAUUGAUCAUGGGUUGCAACCUUGCAAGUAAGAACCAGUUGCGAUACGUGUCUGCUUGUCUUGGCUGAGUCGUGCAGUGAGCUGGAACGUGGACAGGUGGCCGCUCACUUCCGGCCAGUUGUUGACGUAUCCGGCGGCUGCCCAGAUACAGCUCGGACAGGCGACAUGUGGAUGGGUGGAUGGGUGGAUGGAUGGAUGGAUGGAAAUGCAUGCCUCACCUGUGGGACCAUCGCACACGGGUCGACGCUCCAUGCAUCACCUCACCAACACGUGUGCGGGUGGACGGGCGGACUCUCUCCUACGUGGACGACUGAAUGACGUGCAUG